AUGGUUGAGAACGGAUUGUUCUCUUGUGGUUCAUUGCUGCGGCGCUUGCCGGACAGCAAAUUCGAUGUAUUUGAUGCAGCUCCUGUUCCCUAUGGCCUUGUGCGGAUAGGAUCCGACGUUACUGUAGAAGAGUUAACAAAACAUUAUGACGCUAUCUUGCUUGCUUACGGUGCUCAUCGUCCGCGUCACUUAGAUAUUCCUGGAUCAGGGUCGACGAAUGUAAUUUCGGGAUCAGAUUUUGUCUCCUGGUACAAUGGAGUCCCUAAU